UGUAUAAGAUAAUUAAAUUACAAAAUAGUAUCUGUACAUACUAGCAUAAUUUAUUAAGUAAAUAUCUUUAUUCAUACGUUAAUCAUAACAAAUCGAUUAUUGUACUCCACAAUUUAUGUUUAACAAUAAAAUUUCAUAAAUAAGACAUAUAAAUUUCUCAUUCGAGACAAAGUUACUAUUAUCAAUGGUGAAUAUUACAGGAAUUUUAUUGUAAUAAUUACUUUAAAUACUGUGAAUAUAGUUAAUUUAGCUUUUAAUAAAUAUUUAUUUACUCAUUUGACAACGAAUUUUAUUAUUGAUUUGUUUAUAAAAUGGCUACAACUGGUGAAAAUGCAACAGAAGAACGUACAGAGUCAGUCCCAAGUCAACCAGUGAGCAAUGUUUCUGAAACUGCACACAAAGUCAUUGCCAUGGAAAAAGAUUCCGAUCUUUCGAGCGUGCCACCAAAGAAAUCUAGAGUAGAAGUCCAGUCUCUCCCAACAAGACAGUAUUUAGAUCAAACCGUAGUACCAAUUUUAUUACAAGCAUUAUCUAGUUUAGCUAAAGAGCGUCCUGCAGAUCCUAUUAAUUUUCUCGCAACAUAUCUUCUUAAGAAUAAAAGUCGUUAUGAUAAUAGUGGAUCAUCACCAACUAGCCAGUAAAUUAUAAUUAUUUAUAUUCUUAAAAUAAAUGAAAUACUAUCUUCUGGAUGUCUAAUUGUAUCCGUACUUUUUGUAAUACAAAAUUAUCCUAUUAUAUUUGAAGAAUUUCUAUCUUUAUAAUGCUGAUUCAUGAUUUGCAUAGAUUUCAUUGAAUGAUAAAUUUUUCACAUUUGUCUGUGAAUUGAAGUGUUUGAAUAUUUGUUAGGGUGACGAGACCAAUUGAUGGACAAAUUGUUAAAAUUAUAAAAAAUUAAAAUGCAAUAAAAUGUUUAUUGUCCUUUAAAGCAAGAUUUAGUUAAUUAAAAAAAUGUAAAAUUCUUUCUAUAAA